AUGCCUGUCGCUGCAACCCAUUUCAAUUUUGUGAAAGGGGUCUUCUGGAAUGGAGCAAUUCAUUGGGUGAAUUAUAAGAACGUUCACUUUCAAUUUGACAUUGAGGCAGAGAAACUAAUAGAAAUUCCAAUGAAUCCAAUCACCAAAAGAUUUUCGCAUACUAAGGUUCGGUAUUUUCUAGAAUGCGGUGGCCAUUUCUUUCUUGUUCAGAAUAAUCGCCCCUCUGCUUUGGGAUUCAAAAUUCUUCAGAUGGCUAUGGAUAGGAACAGCUACAAUUGGGUUGUGAAGUACCAAGUCAAUCUUAGACCCUUGAGAUCUGUAUUCCCUGAGUUGGCUGAUGGAUAUGCAUCAUAUGCAUUUUCUGUGUUGUGUGUUUUGAAGGGAGCAAAAAAAAUUUAUUUCACAUUUGUGUUGGCUACUCCUGGCAGAGUCAUUUUAUGUAAUAAGAGCUGCAAAAGAUGGAAGGUGGUUCGUGAUUUUCCGCCAAAUCAUCAAUCACCUUAUGACGGUUAUGCUUAUGGUUACCAAUUCAUUGAAAGCCUAUCUCCUAUUUCAGACCAAGCACGUUCUGCUUGA